GCGCGAAAGGUUGCGUCUGGCGUAUUGCUCAGCUUUGCACACACUCGACCAAUCAAUGAUGUUCUCGGAGUGUAUCGUCGAUAGCAAAGGCAAGGGGCUUCGAGCGAACAAGCCGUUCGUGCAGGGAGAACUCGUCGGCACAGAAAAACCGUUUGCCUUCGUUGUGGAACAAAAAUGGAGGACGUCGGUGUGUCACGAGUGUCUCAAAAUUCCGUCGUCUCUACUGCGAUGCUCACUGUGCAAGUUUGCUCGCUAUUGCGGCAGAGAUUGUCAGCGACUGGCCUGGACGGAGCACAAACGUGAGUGUGAGAGUCUGCACAGAGUGGCUCCGAGAGUUCCGACCGAGACGGCGAGAUUUGUGGCUCGGAUAUUACACAAAUUAUGGAAUUCAACUGAUGAAGAGUGUAAGAGAAGACUCGAGUCUCUAUGCUAUCAUGACGAGAUGGAUAAGCAGUCGGAGAAGGAAUUUGCAGAAUUGAUUCAAACUGUUAACGUCUUUGUGGGGCAGUCGUUGCAAGUAGAUCACAUGACUUCUCUCUAUCAAAAGAUUCGCUGCAACAGCUUUAGUGUGUGCAACGAAGAGAUGCAAGUCAUUGGAGUUGGUCUGUAUUUAAAGUUCUCACUAAUUAAUCACUCGUGUCGACCUAAUUGUGUUGCUACUUUCUGUGGGCCUACUGUACAAAUUCGAGCCGUUCACUCAAUCAAGAAAGACGAGGAGCUGACAAUUAGUUACAUCGAAUUGCUGCAGCCAAUUUCACAUCGACAGAAAGCCUUGUGGGAGCAGUACCACUUUUUGUGUGACUGUUGUGGCUGUGUUAGUGAAGAAGCUGUCAAACAAGAUAAACUACACACAAGUGGAUAUGAUGCCACAGUGCCAGCCAGACAAGUUGCAGAUGCAUUAGAAAUGUGUCAGUCUUCAUUGGAAAAAGCAAAGGAAGCUGCAAGAGAAGGAGAUCACAGGAGGUCACUACAAUUGGCAGAGAUGACCUUCGAAUCAUAUUCUCGAGUCAUACAUCCGUGUAGCUACAUUGUCAUUCAGUGCGCAGACAGAGCAAUGGACAGUUGUAUAGAACUAGGUGAGUGGGACGGAGCGUUGAAGUAUGGACUGCAAUCAUUGGACGGAUACAAGUUUUGGUAUUCUUGUUACAAUCCCUUGUUAGCCGUUCAGUUGUUCAGAGUCGGCAAGCUGCAGAGGUACAUCGGGAGACACUCAGACGCCGUCCGGUCUCUACAGCUGGCAGUGAGUGCGCUUGAAGUGAGUCAUGGCUGUGAGCAUCCUCUGACGCUAACAUGUAGGGAAAUGCUGUGGCAGACGUGUCAAGAGGCUGUAUGAUAGUGACUAACAAGGUGUCGUUCUGAGUGUUCGUAAAGCAAUUAUCGAGAUCCGUGUCAUACUACUAACGGACUUUACAGUGACAAGCAGGAAGUGAUAUCAGUUUAAAAUGACCUCGAUUACGAAGGUUUUCUCAUUGCAGUCUGGAGCUUGAACCCGAUGGCUGGUUACUUGAGCGUCCUAGUUGUGUGUUCUCAGUUAUGUUUCGUUUCUGCUUUUAUGCCCAAUCAUGUGUUUUCGUUUCCACCUCCUGAUGGUUCUAGCACUAAAACGCUUGAUGUGGAUCUCGAUGUGGAAGUAGACGAUUUUUAUCCGGUAGAAGCAGAAGGUUUGGUAGAUAAUGGAUAUAAUCACAAAGAUGUCAUCAGGUAUGCGUGUCUGCAAGAAGUGGCACGGUUCUAUGAAGAGACACUAGAGAUGGACGAAGGACAUCUGCAACAUCUAGAGCCAUUGACUGCCGAAACACUAUUGACCACGGUAGCUCAGCGAAAGGCUUCAAGUCUUAAUUUUGAGAGUGCACUACGUGAGAUUGAAGUAGAAGCAGCGUUGAUGGAUGUGUAUUAUGAAGUCGAUGAUGAAGAUCAAGCUACUGCUAUUGCUCGUCAACAUUUUGAUAACGAGAAAAUUAAAGAAGGUCACGAGUAUUUACUAGAAAUGGCUCAGACUGUCUUCACUCUUCUCCGCGAUGAUCAGUCGUACUCGGCUGCUCGAACGUUCGUUGGUCGCUUUUUGCUUACAUUACAAGAUUUCUAUGCUCACUCGAACUGGAUAGAGCUCGAAAACAGAGACAUACUGACAGAUCUAGGGCUGUCCCAAUCACCGAAGUUCCUCAGUAGUAUUGCUGAUCCGUGGCCUUUUACUUGUACAGAAUGUUGUGAUCCUAAUGAUUCACGUUGCAGUGAAUCUACAUCUCCAG